UAAAGAAGAGAAGGCAAAAGUGCGGUUGGAUAGAAAUAAGUUUGGGGAUUGCGGAUUGCGGAGGAAAGGAAUUAAGAGAAGAAGAGAAGGGUCUAGAACACAAACCCUGCUGCGGAUUUAUUUGAGAAGAAUAUUGUGGAAGCACGUCAACGAAAUGGCGAAGGAACUCGAGAAGAAAGCCAAAGAAGCAUUCUUCGACGACGACUUCGCUCUCGCCGUUGAUCUCUACUCUCAAGCCAUUGAAUUGGACCCCAACGACGCCCAUCUAUUCGCCGACAGGGCCCAAGCCCAUAUCAAGCUCAACGCUUUCACCGAAGCCAUUUCCGAUGCCAACAAAGCCAUCCACUUAAACCCUUCCUUGUCCAAGGCCUAUCUUCGCAAGGGCACCGCUUGUAUGAAACUCGAAGAGUACCACACUGCCAAGGUUGCGCUUCAAUGCGGUGCCGCUUUUGCCCAAGACGAUUCCAGAUUCGCCAACCUCAUUCAAGAAUGCGAUCGCUGUAUUGCAGAGGAAUCAAGUGGUCUUUCCAGCACCUUAUCAUCAAAUGGGUCUGUAACAUCUGUACCGUCUGGUAAUGUUUCCCAUUUGAGCAAUACAAAUGAUGGGGUGGCUAAAGAAGUUGAAGCAGACAGUUUGGUAUCCCAAAUCAAUGAAGUUGCACUAAACAGACCAAAAUACAGACAUGAAUACUACCAGAAGCCAGAAGAAGUGGUUGUGACAAUAUUUGCAAAAGGAAUAUCAGCAAAAGAUGUGGUUGUUGACUUCGGUGAACAGAUUCUUAGUGUUACUAUUGAUGUUCCUGGCCAAGAUGCCUAUCAUUUUCAACCUCGAUUGUUUGGGAAGAUAAUACCCAAUAACUGCAGAGUUGAGGUGUUGUCAACCAAAAUUGAAAUCCGACUUGCGAAAGCUGAAGAUAUUAAUUGGGCAUCUCUGGAAUAUAGCAAGGAUAUUCUCCCCACAAAAAUAAAUAAGCCUAUAGUUCAAUCUGAAAGGCCUGCAUACCCAUCAUCAAAACCAAGGACAAGAGAUUGGGAUAAGUUGGAAGCUCAAGUGAAGAAAGAGGAGAAAGAAGAAAAGCUUGACGGUGAUGCUGGUUUGAAUAAAUUGUUCCGUGAUAUUUACCAAAAUGCAGAUGAGGACAUGAGGAGAGCAAUGAGCAAGUCUUUUUUGGAGUCAAAUGGAACAGUGCUAUCAACUGAUUGGAAGGAAGUGGGAUCAAAGAAGGUGGAGGGUAGUCCUCCAGAUGGUAUGGAGUUGAAAAAAUGGGAGUAGUGAUUCAUUUAUGCUGUGAUGCUUGUGACAGUUCCAAGUUUCGUCCCCUCCCAAAUAAUGCAAAAAGGAAAAGAAAUUCUGUAAUCUCUUAUUCUUGUUAUUAAUAUUUUUAUUCGUGCUAGAGAAAUUAUUUUAUUGGGAGAAUGACCUAAUUUACAUUUGCUGUGGAAGUGGAUUUUAUUUUGUUGGUAUAUGUUGAUAUAAUUAAUGGUAAACAUGGUGAAAGUCGGAUGUUUUUAGUUUUUAUU